AUGCGUGGUAUCUUGCCUACCUUUUGUUUGGUUCUAGGGUUGGCGUUUUUGACUCAAGCAAACCUUAUUCUUCACGACGAUUCAUUCCAACCUGAUCAAAUUCUCCGGGUGACUGCUCAGAACUAUAGCCAGGCAUGUAUGGACCGAUAUUCUGUCCUUGUGAACGGGUCUUCCCCUGGUCCUGAGUUGCGGCUCCAGGAGGGCAAAGUGAGCUGGAUCCGAGUUUACAAUGAUAUGGAGGAUUCAAAUGUCACCAUGCAUUGGCAUGGCUUGUCCGCAUUCGCCGCGCCUUUCUCCGAUGGUACACCUAUGGCCAGCCAAUGGCCGAUUGCCCCUGGUCACUUCUUCGACGCCGAGGUUCGCCCGGAAAUUGGCUAUGCUGGUACUUACUUCUACCAUUCACACGUUGGAUUCCAGGGGGUUACUGCCGUGGGGGCUCUCAUAGUGGAACCGGCCGAACCCUCGCCAUUUGAAUAUGAUGAGGAGCGCGUCAUUCUUCUGUCGGAUUUCUUCGCGAAGACUGAUGAUGUGAUCGAAGAGGGCCUCACGUCCAGCAACUUCACAUGGAGUGGAGAGACCGGGGCCGUCUUAGUGAACGGUCAAGGCAGACUGGCCACGAAUGCGACUGGGGCGUGCUCGCUGGCCGCGAUCAGUGUUGAGCCUGGAAAGACCUAUCGCCUGCGAUUCAUCGGAGCAACAGCCCUGUCCUUUGUCUCUUUGGCCCUCGAGGGCCACAACGUUUUUGAGAUUAUUGAAGCUGAUGGUCAUUACACCAAGCCGGUCAAGACGGACUAUUUGCAGAUCUCCAGUGGUCAGCGGUACAGCGUGCUUUUGAAGGCCAAAACCGAAGAAGAGUUGCAGCAGGCAGAGUCUCGCCAAUUUUACUUCCAGAUUACGACGCUGGGUCGGCCUGCUGUGCUGACAACCUUUGCUGUUCUGGAAUACUCAUCACCCACCGCGACCGAUCUGAAGACCGUCCCUGCCACACCUCCCCUACCUGUCGCGAAUGUCACUUAUGGCUGGAUGGACUACGCACUGGAGCCGUACCUCCCUGAUACUGAUUUCCCGACUGCUGCGGAGGUCACCCGGCGUAUUGUCAUCAACGUCCACCAGAACAUCAGCACUCAUACAGUCUGGCUCCAAAGCGGGUACGACUGGAUGGAGACAUUCCCGAAGUCACCAUACCUCGUCGAUCUAUACCAGGGCAACCUAGAUCUAGAUGCCUCAUACAAACGGGCAAUCGAGAGCGGCCUUGGGUUUGACAAUCUAACCCGCCUUUACCCAGCGCAGAUUAAUGAGGUCCUCGAGAUUGUCUGGCAGAACCAGGGUGCUGUCAAUAACGGUGGACUCGAAAACCAUCCUUUCCACGGUCACGGCAGACAUUACUACGACAUUGGCGGCGGUGAUGGUUUAUAUAACUCGGAGAAGAACGAAAAACGGUUGAAUGGAACCCAUCCAGUCAUUCGGGACACGAGUGUGCUAUAUUCAUACCGGAAAAAGACGACGCCUCUUGCGCCGUCAGGCUGGAGAGCUUGGCGUAUACGAGUGACGAAUGCCGGCGUUUGGAUGAUGCAUUGCCAUAUUUUACAGCACAUGGUGAUGGGAAUGCAGACCGUCUUUGCCUUUGGGGACCAGGAGGCUGUCAUGGCCCAGUCAGGGCCCAUAGAAGGGGGCUAUCUGGUUUAUGGUGGCUCGGCGUACGGGAAUUCCACCUACAGCCCACUUGUUCAACACUUCUUCUGA